AUGAUACAGACAACAUAUAUGAAGGAAAAGAAAGAGAUACCACGACAAUUACCACAAACCAUACAGAAACCGAAGAAUAUAAAGUCAUUCACCUCCGAAGUAAACUCUGUCUGCACAUACUGUAACAAACCUCAUUACAUUUGUCACUGCACUGAUUUUACACAACUAGACGUGGAACAGCGUAAAGAAUUUGCAAAAAAGAAUGGCCUAUGUUUCAACUGUUUAGUCAAGGGCCAUCAAUUGAAGAACUGCCGACAACACACUUCUUGCAAAAUUUGCAACCACAAACAUCAUACGCUGUUGCAUACCGAUUAUUUGAUAGCGAAGUCGGUUGUCACUGACACCAAUGAUGAAAAAGUUGAAACCACAGAACCAACACAAAUUACUAGUCUGAAAGUAGUAACGGAUCAUACACAAGUUGUACUAGCUACGGCCCAAGUUGGUGUCGUAGAUAGAAAUGGAACAUUGAUCAAUCUGCGUGCCUUAGUAGACCAAGGCUCCCAAGCUACUUUCAUCACCGAGGCUGCGGUUCAAUUUCUCGGAUUGAAGAAAACGCCAUUAGAAGCAAAUGUUACGGGCAUAGCGAACAACGCUAUCAAAUCACGACACAUUGUCUCAUUGGAUAUACUGUCUCCAUUAGACUCGACACAUGUUACUCAAGUCGAUGCGCAUGUGCUCACAAAGUUGACGCCGUCAUUACCCAAAAGAGAAAUCGAUCUCACUCAGUGGACAGGUUUAACCACAAUUACAUUAUCGGAUCCUCACAUGCAUAAACCUGGUCCCAUUGAUGUCUUACUCGGCGCUGAUGUUUAUACGUCGAUUCUCCUGGAAGGUUUAAAACGAUAUGGUUCUCUCAUAGCACAAAACUCAAGAUUAGGAUGGUUAGUGUCCGGCACUACCAAAUCACAGACUGAUUCACCUCCUCAAACUAUAGUAGUAUCUACGACUUUGGUUGAGAUGGAUCAGUUGUUACAAAAGUUUUGGGAGAUCGAAGAAUAUCAACCACACGAAAAGCCUUUGACACAAUUAGAGAAGCAAUGCGAAGACCAUUACCAAAAGACACAUACAAGAAAUGAAGAUGGACGUUACAUUGUACGAUUACCAUUUAGAGACUCACACGAAGAGAAUUUAGGAGAUUCAAGACAGAUAGCAGAAAACAGAUUACGACAUAUGGAAAAAAGAUUCAUACACAAGCCAAAAUUUCGUCAAGAUUAUACAGAUUUUAUAGAGCAAUACCAAAGUCUGAAUCACAUGGAAGACGUAGAUCCAGAUGAAGAAGCAGAUCACAAGGUGUACUAUUUGCCUCAUCACGCGGUUAUUCGAGAAUCCAGCACGACCACUAAACUUCGUGUCGUUUUUGAUGGAUCCGCCAGACCCUCAAAUGGAACAGCCCUCAAUGAUGAGUUGCUUAUUGGACCGGCAUUACAACAGGAUCUUCGAGAUCUCAUUAUUCGUUGGCGCACACACAAGAUUUGUUUACACGCUGAUGUGAAACAGAUGUACCGCCAAAUACUGGUCUCUAAGGAAGAUGUCGAUUACCAGCGCAUUCUAUGGCGCUCGUCGCCGCAAGAUGAUCUCGUGGAAAAACGGUUACUUACAGUUACUUACGGCACUUCUUGUGCUCCGUUUCUGGCCAUUCGCACCCUUCAACAAUUAGCCCAAGAUGAGACCCCUAAGGAUUCUGAUCUAUUCGAUAUUAUUAACAAUGACUUUUACAUGGAUGAUUUGUUGACUGGUGCCGGUGACGAGGACGGAGCUAGAGAUUUACAAAAGAGAAUUACGGAUGUUAUGAAUAAAGGUAAAUUUGAAAUGCACAAGUGGGCAUCGAACAGUCCAGUAGUUUUAAAACAUAUUUCGGAGUCGGAAAAGGUCACAAGGGAAAGUAUUGAUAUUAAAGUAGAUGACACAAUUAAGGCACUCGGUAUAAGAUGGAAUUCUACACUUAAUGUCUUUGAAUUGAAACUUGAAACUUCGCAACAGAGCAAACCUUUUACCAAAACUACUGUACUUUCCGAUAUCGCACGAGCUUUUGACCCUCUGGGAUUCUUGGGACCAGUGGUUAUAACAGCAAAAAUAUUCUUACAAAAGUUAUGGUUAAGUGGUGUGGGCUGGACCGAUGAAUUUCCUCCGGAACUGGCGUCGGAAUGGUUUACUUACAGAGAAAAGCUUGCUCACAUGGGCACGUUACAUCUAGAUCGCUGGAUUCACACCCAAUUAGAUUGUUCAGAGCGCGUUGAAGUUCAUGGGUUCAGCGACGCUUCCUGUCUUGCCUAUGGCGCUGUUGUGUCUAUUGUGCGGUACUGA